UAGCCCCCCAAGGGCAUUUUAUUAUAACGGAUGGAAGCUUCGGACUCGGAUUCUCGGCUCCAGGUUCAGCGUCGUCAUCAUGGGCAUCGCAGAAAGUAAGAUACUUUUGGGAAAACUCACCACAGCAUGUUCAAGCGCAGAACGAAGCAAACAAAAUGAUAUUCAGCAUGUUUUAUUAGACAAACAAGUAAGCUAUCAAUAAGCAGAAAACAAUCCGAGUCUAACCAGAGCCAGUUCGUGUCGUGUCUUGCAGCCAUAUGGGAUAAUCUGCCCCAGCCUUCGAAGAACGAAAUCACCGGUCGCAAACGCUGCAAAAAACCCCCCGAAAAACUCAAGGACCAGCAAAUUAAAAUACCGGAGCCUCUACAGCUUAACCUCGAUUUGUGGACGAAGGACGCUAAUUCUUUUCUGGAUCUAAUCCCCUACGAAAGUCCUGUCGCUGGAGUGACUUGUCCAGUUGCCAUAUUUUACCAGGAACUUUCGGUCACCGAAACUCGGAGCGCUGGGGAUGCGAUACGGUUGCGAUUUCUAAAGGUUCUUUUCUAUCAUUUGAAAGAUAGGUUUUGUGUGACCUACCUUCGACCUGACGCUGUCACCUGGAUGGCCACCAGAGUUGGUGCGGCAGGCGUGGAUGGCAACGACUCCAGCAAAAUUUCAGAUAAAAUCAAACACUGGGCUUACUUGGGAGGAAAAUACGAUGCGUUAUGCAGAGAUAUUGGAAAUUAUAAUGUGGCAGAGGAUUACAAAUAUCUAGGAAACUUGAUACGCUUGCCAGAAGACAUGACGGAUAGAUUCAUUCGGAAAGAGCUCAAAGUCAAGGGGCCUGACAGGAAGAAAGAGAUCGACUCGUUAAUGCGACGCGGGGUCUAUCAAUCGAACAAAGAAAAUGACGACAUUGAUUGUCUAGCGGAUACAAUUUUUCGCCAUAUGUGGGAUCAGAUCGAGCCCUAUAUUCCACCUGAUGAUAUUCAACAUGAAACCGCUUUUUAUUCUUUGAAAGAUUGGCGUAAGCUCCACGGAACCCGGGUGCUUAGACUCCAGAAUGGGGAUUGCCGAACGCAGGUGGUAGACGAGGAAGAGCAUCAUAUCGGCGCCAAAGGUAACGAGCUAGCAGCUUGGAACCAGAAUGCAAAUGCACGAGCUACAGACCGAUGUGUUGCCCUAUCGCCCUCGGCACAAGAUGAGGAGGAUGGAAGAAUAGACCUCCGACCCACUAGCUCUUCUGGGCCGAGUUCAUCUCGCGACACUUCUGAUGUAGCUAGAUCUGAUUUUUCUGACUCCCCUGGAAGUACAAGCCAAGGAAUAAUCCUUCGUUGUGGAGAUACUCCAAUGGGAAACACAUUGAUUGAAAGGGAUUCAGCCGAAGAAAUCUUGCCGGGAGCUGCUUCAACGUCUCCUCACCUCCCGGAAUGCCCUUCUAAUUUAGCACACGAGGGACAACAGAGCGAACGUCUUUUGGCUCAAUCUACAUUCACUGGCGUUGAAGAAGAAGAAGGCAUCUCAGGUACAGGCUCUUCAGCGCCGGGAAUAUCUCCAACAGGAACGGAUUAUCCCCAAUGGGCGAAUGAAGUAGUUGGAAGCAUUCCUUUUCGCCCUGAAAUUGAUUCUGGCCCUUCCAGCCUCAGGGUUUUCGAUGCCAUACUCCAUCGUGAGACUCAGGAUACUAGCAUCACACGCCACAAACGAAGGCGGACUCAAACAACACAAGAUAUCCCCGCGAUACAAUUCAGGUCUAAUUCAUUUGCACGUGACACGUUCAACCCAAGGCAAUAUGGUCAGCCCGCAAUGUCGCUGGAUGAUCCUGCUGCACAAGGUACCCUUGCGAUGCAAUCCGGCUCCAAUCCGUUUGCGCCACAUGACACAUUCAACCCAAGGCAAUAUGGUCAGCCCGCAAUGUCGCUGGACGACCCUGCUGCACAAGGUACCCUUGUGAUGCAAUUCGGCUCCAAUCCGUUUGCACCACAUGACACAUUCAACCCAAAACAACAUGGUCAACCUAUAGUUUCAGUGAAUGGGCCUGGGGCCCAAGAUGCGAUCGGCACGCAGCUAUACUCCUCCCAAAUGCCGCAUGAUGCAUUUGGAGCCCAUAACGCGUUCAAUCCAAGACAUUAUGGUCAGCCCAUGGUUUCAUUAAAUGAGCCUACAGAACAGGGAAUGUAUAAUGUUCAGAAUCUUGUCAACGUUGAUUUCGGCCUUGUGGAAGUUCAAUCUUAAAUGCUUUGGGCCUCAACCUGAGAUAUUGCAUCUCCUCUCAUCGAGCUUAUGCUAUAUCAAAACAAAAUUAUCGUCCGCCUCCCAUUCUUGUUUCGCUCAUGAAGUACGCCCAGGUAUAUCAGAACAAAUAAUGGAGCCUUAGUCUGUAAGGAUGGCCAAGCCGAGAUUUCCUGACCAAGGUUGUACCUGAUUGGGGUUAAUCACCGAGUGACUAUUGUAAAUCCAAACAAGCCCUCAAAAACAUCACGUACGAUCCAUUCAAGAUUUUUAUUACGCUGGGGGAGUAAUGAAGAUGACCCUCGCACCAGCGCAGAUAAUAGGAUUGAUUUUGAUGAACGCGUAUUGUCCUUCUUCCAAUACCUGCUGGGGUGUGGUUCCUUUGUCGGUCUUGAGAGAUAGUGUCAAAUUUUCAGACAGCGGGACGAUAUACAUCUGAAACGAGUCAUUGAGAAUUUCCUUGGCUUCGUGAAAUUGCGCCACAGUCCAGAUCCACUAUCCUUGUAUGAGCAGAGAAAAAAGGCAUAAGGGAGUUUACGCACCUGGCCAAUUUUCAUUUCCUUAAUUAAUUCUGAGACCUUUUUAGCGAGGUCACUUCCUCCGUACAUGACACCACCCUUUAUCGAGGUCGGAAGUCUCUCGGCCUUUCCCGGUUUUCGUUGUUCUGACUCAGGUAUCAUGUUCUUUAUUUCCUUCCGAAUUGUUUCAGCGGAGACUGUGAGGGCCAAGGGUAAUAUUUGUUCACCCAUCUUCAACCAGCCCACAGGAAGUGCUGUUUGUUUGGAUUGAGUUGUUUUCUUCGAGAGGGACGGGCGCACUCAGUCGGGCUGAUUUAGGGAAAGGCAAGAAUGAGCUGGCUGGCCGUGUCGAGACAAGAGAAGACAAUGAAAUGGAUUUGCGUGGUGUUGUUCGCAGAAUAUUAUUGGGGUUUUAGUUGUACUGUCGUCUGACCGUGAACCCUAGCGUUGGAGGGGUAGUAGGGGAUUGAGGGGUGGUUGCUUUUUAAAUUAUUGGGUAUUCGUUCGGGCGUCAUCCCCAUCACGUGAUCAACUUUCCGCCUUCUGAGCUCGAUGUCCUUACACUUCCCCUGAUGAUUUCAGAGACUCAAAGAGAAUUUAUACUUUGGCCAGAAGCAAUACAGGCUUUGUGUAG